AUGUUCGAGUCGGCCUAUACUAUCGUUCUCCACGGCAACGACGCGACCGGGAAGUCUACUCUCGCCCCCGCACUUAAGGCAGCAGGUGAGGUCGUCUAUGCUCGUGGCGACGAAGAUCCCGCGCUCGAAGAUACACUGGUCGUUAGGUCCUUCGACAGACUCACGUUGCAACUUGCUGACGACAACCGCGCUGCCCUACCCGAAUCGUACACAGAUGAAGAUGGAGUUCACCGCAGGAUCGUCCGAAUUAUCCUCGAUGCCGACGUCCCAGUCCUUCAAGCGCGGCUCGCGAACCGGCCAAGCACAGACAAGUGGGAGUCUGAAAAAGCCCUCUUUUACUUCCGGGCGCGAUUCCUUGAACUAGCCGCGUUCUACGGCCUGCCCGUCGUGGAUACUGGGAAGAAGAGCGUCGACGAAACCGUCUCUGACAUCGUUGCCCUCGCCCGCAACACGGAGGUCCUCGCGCUUUUCUCUAAGCUUGCCUUGCGUACACUAACUCCGAACGAUGUCGCUUCCUUAGCAAGUCGCCGCGCGGUGAUCCCGGGUGUGGACUACGUCGAGCGGCUGGAAGAGAUCAUUGCCAUCGAGUGCGGCGCGACCUCGAUCUUCACACCCGAAGACGUUCGUGCCCAAUGCAAUCGUGACCCGGGCCUCGUGCAUGCGCUCGUGAACCACUACGACAAUCUCCAUGAUGCGAACUCCCCGCUGCGCCUUCGUCUGGUAGUCGAAGGCGAGUCGAAGCAAAUCUACAAGGUCGAGACGUUCCUGACCCGGCACUUUGACAAUCACAUCCUUGUUUUGCUCAAGCCGACCAUCUAUUCCCACAGCAAGCAGGCGACGGCGGAGAUCGCAGGCCUCAGCGCAAUCCGUGCAACCGGGUCCCGUCUCUUUCUUGAGAUGCUCCAUCGCGCAGGAGUCAACCAUACGUAUCAAGGCCUGAACUCGCAUGGACUCAUCUGGGCGCACCGUACCGAGAUUACGCAGAUCGAGACGGUGUACAAGGAACUCUGCGCGGGGACGGACAAGCAUUCCUUCUUUGGCAUGGUCACCGACCUCAAUGUUACACUGCCGACGGGCCAGUAUAAGCGGGGGCCAUACGUCCGCUUCGACUGGCGCAACCCGAACCACACGUACAAGGGCAUCAAUCCUGCGACGCACCCGUUCUACCACCUCAUGGAAGAGUCCAUCGGCAAAGACGUGUUCUACGACACGCACCUCACUGCGCGCGCAAAACCGUUUGGGGACAAGUGUGUGCCGGAGGAGCUCGUGCACGGCGUGCAGGCUGUCGAGGCGUCCGUGGACUGCACGAUGCGCAUCUUCUUCACGAUCCAGCACUACCUUCACCAGAUUGGGCUCGAGGUCCAGGACGGAUGCGUCAUGCUCGAUCCGACCGGACGUACGAUGUGGUCCGAGAUAAACCAGGAUUGCAUGCGCAUCAAGCGGCGGGAGGUCACUAAUGCGAACCACGGAGACGAAUUCGACAAGGACGUCUGGCGCGCGGGCGGCAGCUCUGUGGAAGAGUCCAUCCUUGACAAGUGGACGCAGCUUAACAACCUCCUCCGCGCACAGCUUGCCGGGCGCCCAUUCCACGAGCACGAGAUGGUCACCCGGUACGAGACAUACGGCCUGCGAGCGCGGGAAGUGCUCGUGGACAAAAAUCUGAAACUCACACCGCGCUACCGGGCACUAUACGAGCGUCUUGCCGUGCAUGAUCGCUCGCGGCUGCAGUCUGUGUCCGCGGACGAGGGCGUGUCCGAGCGUCUGCUCGCGCUCAUGCAGGCGCACAUCUGGCAGCUUACCGCCGCCGUCUCGCCCCAUAACGCGUAUGAGGAAGCGGAGGCGAUGGUUCGGCUCGUGAACACGUACGCGCGCCGAGUCGGGCUGCCCCCAUCGCAAGUGAGCGUGCUCACGGACGCGUACGCCGACGCCGCCCUCGCGCGAGCGGCCACACUGCCCGGCUCCCAGGCAAUCGGCGUGACGGUGAAUAAGUACACUGACAAGACGGACGAGUUUACGCUCGAGCAGCUCGGCGUUAAGCUCGUCCGCCCCGAGGGCCGCUGCUUGCGCGUCGACUACGAGAUUGUCGAUGCGGCUAAGUUCGCGAAGGUUUUCGGCGAGGGCGUGAGCGUGCAUUUCGUGCUUACAAGGCCAAAGGACAUGCCGGGCCUCCUCGCGCAGGGCAUGCUCGACGGCGCGGUGACUUACAGCUCGGUGAUGGACAACUUCCCGACUGUCGCGCGGCUCGUUGCUUCUGCGCCAGACACGGACAUUUCGCUCGCGCUCAUUGGCCGGCGUGGUCAGCAAAUCGACCCGCGCGUGUGGACUGUGGACAACCGCGCGCGGAUUGUGGCGGAGCACGGGCGAAUGGUGCGAACAUACCUCACGAGCCUCGGCGUCCCACCAGAUACGUACGAGAUCCAGCGCGUACUAGGCUCCUCGGAGUCAUACCUUGUCAACGACCCUCGCGAGACAUACCUUCUCUGCGAUGCUAUCAUAUCUACCGGUACCACCCUCCAAGCGAACGGCCUUGAGGUCUGGCAGGUCGUUAAAAGCAAGGGGGAUAUCGUCGUCGGCCUCUAUCUCCGACUGUAG